UUCCAGCUUCCGAUAGAUGAAAUGGAGCGGUUGAAAAUAUCGAGCGUGAAUAGUUUGGAAGGUUUAAAAAAACAAGUGUGCUCAAACUGUGGUCGAAAACGAAUGUAUUUUUGUUACAGCUGCAAAGUUUACAUGCCCAAUGUAGAGAAAUUUGUCCCGCGACUAGAGCUGCCAAUUCAUAUUGAUAUUAUCAAGCAUCCGCGGGAAAAGAACAGUAAAAGCACUGCAUUGCAUUGUCUUCUUCUUGCGCCAUCUUCCACUACCUUGUAUGAGUCGUCCAGUGUUCCUGAUUAUAACUCUCCGAACUAUGAACAAGAAAAUACGGUACUGGUAGUUUACUCCAAAAAUGCCUCUUCUGUAGACGAUUUUGUUAAAAAACGAGGUUCUAUCAAACGUUUGGUGUUCCUCGAUUCAACAUGGUUCCAGAUUGGCGGAUUGAAAUUAUUGCCACAGCUACAACAUCUUCCUAUUGUGACAUUACGAUCUUACAAAACGAAAUAUUGGCGUCCUCAGCGAGGCUUGACGGAUUAUCAUCUUGCUACAAUUGAAGCAAUCUAUUAUGCGCUUAGAGAGGCUUUUGAAACUUCAUCUACUACAAAAUAUAAUGGUUGUUUUGAUGAUCUUUUAUUCUGGUUUUUUAUUUUCCGUUCAAAAGUUGAUAAAGGCCUUUUGAAACGCAAAGGAUGAAAUGUUUUGUAAGUUACGCAUAGUUUUAUUACGGAAUGGUAAUUUUAUUGAUAUUUUUCACAGUGA